UGCAGAGUAUAAUUAUCGCUUUAUUUCCUCUUUUAGAAAUGUAGGCUGCGAUAAAUAAGAAAACUAAUCUGUUCCUUGGAUUUAUUUUGAACUAAAAGCUUAGAUUAAGUGGCAAAAUGGAUAUGAUACAUGAUUUAUCGCUAAGCAAUGAUUCGUUAUUAUGCUGCCGCGCCUGCCUCGCGACAGACGCGAGACUUUACAACAUACAUGAAUACAGACUCGCUGAAGCCUUUUACCGCGUCUCAGGGACUUUUGUCUACAAGGACGGGCCACAGCACCUGUGCAGCUUUUGCAGCGCUCAGCUGCUGCGCUGCGAGUCCUUCCGCACCAAGUGCUUCCGCGCCCAGCUGUGUCUCAACUCCAAGGAGCAUCAGGGCGAGCUGGACACAGACUACAUCCGCACGAUAGAUCGCGCAUCACACAAACUCCUCCCAAACCUGACCAUCAACCCGGUACAAACUGUCGAAUGCAUCGACGUCAAACCCCCUGAAGAAAUUAAAAAUGAACCAGACAUCGAGAUCACAGAUGACAGCAAGAAAACCGACUUCAAAAUUGAAGUAGAGAUUAAUGAGGACAAGUUGGAACAAGUAUUUGUUGUUACUGACAUUGAUGACAAUGAUAAUAAUAAAAGAAAAAGGAAGGCUUCAAAGAAAAAGAUUAAAACAGAAAUUCAUGAUGAUGAUGUAGAUUUUGAUGAUGGUGUAGACAAUGUAGACAUUGAUGAUGAUAAUGAUGAUAUAAGCUUAGAAAAUAUAGCUAAAAGCCUGAAGAAGAAAGUGAAAGCUAAAGCUAAGAAGGUAGUUAAGAAGAAAGAUAAGCAAGUGAAAGUGAAACAGGUUAAAGAGAAGCCGGUGAAAGAGUUAAAGAUUAAGAGGAGGAAUCCAGCUAAUGGGUAUUUGCCGGAGUUUGCGAUGGCCGCGUUUGAAACCAUGUAUUCUGUUCAUGUCGUCACCUUAAGCAAGGAAGAUCAACUGGAGGAGAUCGCAAUGCGCAAAGAGUCCGCCAACUACCAGGAGUCCGCGUUCCAGUGCGAGGACUGCGGGAAGGGCUUCGUGGCUGAGGAGGCCUAUAACAACCACCGCACCAGGCACAGCCCGAGCGCAGGCAAUUUCCCCUGCGAAAUAUGUAAAGUACGCUUUACGAAGCAAAGCAUACGACACACACACCAGGAUAUGCACCGCCUCAAGUUCUUCUGCAAGGAGUGCAGCUUCGUCUCUAGAACCAGGCAUCAAGCGAAGCAGCACCACGAGAUGCAUGUUGGCAAGACCUUCGAGUGCCAGCACUGCGGGAAGAGCUUCAGUAAAAGUUCGACGUAUUUGUCGCACGUGCGGCUGGCGCACCCCGCGCUGAAUGUGGCAUGCGACGAGUGCGGCGAGACGUUCGUCGGACAGAUGGGGCUCAAGAUGCACAAGAAACGGAUGCACGCUAAGAGCGUCAAACCGGACCAGUACAAGUGUGAGACCUGUCCAGCCACCUUCCUUAGCGUCGAAGCUCUGAACAGACACACGGACACGGCCGGCGAGCACGGAGACCUGCGGCCGUGCGAGCAGUGCGGCGAGAACUGUGCGAGCGAGGAGGCGCUAAAUAAGCAUGUGGGGGAGAUGCAUCCGGCUGAGACGCAUCGGUGUGAAGAGUGCAACGCCACGUUCGCAAGUGCAGCCGCGUACGACCUCCACCACCGUCGCAAGCACCUCAACCAGCCCUUCAGCGCCGCCGGCAGACGGACCCUGCACCGCGAGCCUCUAGUGCCGGGGCAGUUCGUGUGCGAGCAGUGCGGACGGAUACUGCCGCCCUUCAGCGCCGCCGGCAGACGGACCCUGCACCGCGAGCCUCUAGUGCCGGGGCAGUUCGUGUGCGAGCAGUGCGGACGGAUACUGCCGCCCUUCAGCGCCGCCGGCAGACGGACCCUGCACCGCGAGCCUCUAGUGCCGGGGCAGUUCGUGUGCGAGCAGUGCGGACGGAUACUGCCGCCCUUCAGCGCCGCCGGCAGACGGACCCUGCACCGCGAGCCUCUAGUGCCGGGGCAGUUCGUGUGCGAGCAGUGCGGACGGAUACUGCCGCCCUUCAGCGCCGCCGGCAGACGGACCCUGCACCGCGAGCCUCUAGUGCCGGGGCAGUUCGUGUGCGAGCAGUGCGGACGGAUACUGCCGCCCUUCAGCGCCGCCGGCAGACGGACCCUGCACCGCGAGCCUCUAGUGCCGGGGCAGUUCGUGUGCGAGCAGUGCGGACGGAUACUGCCGCCCUUCAGCGCCGCCGGCAGACGGACCCUGCACCGCGAGCCUCUAGUGCCGGGGCAGUUCGUGUGCGAGCAGUGCGGACGGAUACUGCCGCCCUUCAGCGCCGCCGGCAGACGGACCCUGCACCGCGAGCCUCUAGUGCCGGGGCAGUUCGUGUGCGAGCAGUGCGGACGGAUACUGCCGCCCUUCAGCGCCGCCGGCAGACGGACCCUGCACCGCGAGCCUCUAGUGCCGGGGCAGUUCGUGUGCGAGCAGUGCGGACGGAUACUGCCGCCCUUCAGCGCCGCCGGCAGACGGACCCUGCACCGCGAGCCUCUAGUGCCGGGGCAGUUCGUGUGCGAGCAGUGCGGACGGAUACUGCCGCCCUUCAGCGCCGCCGGCAGACGGACCCUCCACCGCGAGCCUCUAGUGCCGGGGCAGUUCGUGUGCGAGCAGUGCGGACGGAUACUGCCGCCCUUCAGCGCCGCCGGCAGACGGACCCUGCACCGCGAGCCUCUAGUGCCGGGGCAGUUCGUGUGCGAGCAGUGCGGACGGAUACUGCCGCCCUUCAGCGCCGCCGGCAGACGGACCCUGCACCGCGAGCCUCUAGUGCCGGGGCAGUUCGUGUGCGAGCAGUGCGGACGGAUACUGCCGCCCUUCAGCGCCGCCGGCAGACGGACCCUGCACCGCGAGCCUCUAGUGCCGGGGCAGUUCGUGUGCGAGCAGUGCGGACGGAUACUGCCGCCCUUCAGCGCCGCCGGCAGACGGACCCUGCACCGCGAGCCUCUAGUGCCGGGGCAGUUCGUGUGCGAGCAGUGCGGACGGAUACUGCCGCCCUUCAGCGCCGCCGGCAGACGGACCCUGCACCGCGAGCCUCUAGUGCCGGGGCAGUUCGUGUGCGAGCAGUGCGGACGGAUACUGCCGCCCUUCAGCGCCGCCGGCAGACGGACCCUGCACCGCGAGCCUCUAGUGCCGGGGCAGUUCGUGUGCGAGCAGUGCGGACGGAUACUGCCGCCCUUCAGCGCCGCCGGCAGACGGACCCUCCACCGCGAGCCUCUAGUGCCGGGGCAGUUCGUGUGCGAGCAGUGCGGACGGAUACUGCCGCCCUUCAGCGCCGCCGGCAGACGGACCCUGCACCGCGAGCCUCUAGUGCCGGGGCAGUUCGUGUGCGAGCAGUGCGGACGGAUACUGCCGCCCUUCAGCGCCGCCGGCAGACGGACCCUGCACCGCGAGCCUCUAGUGCCGGGGCAGUUCGUGUGCGAGCAGUGCGGACGGAUACUGCCGCCCUUCAGCGCCGCCGGCAGACGGACCCUGCACCGCGAGCCUCUAGUGCCGGGGCAGUUCGUGUGCGAGCAGUGCGGACGGAUACUGCCGCCCUUCAGCGCCGCCGGCAGACGGACCCUGCACCGCGAGCCUCUAGUGCCGGGGCAGUUCGUGUGCGAGCAGUGCGGACGGAUACUGCCGCCCUUCAGCGCCGCCGGCAGACGGACCCUGCACCGCGAGCCUCUAGUGCCGGGGCAGUUCGUGUGCGAGCAGUGCGGACGGAUACUGCCGCCCUUCAGCGCCGCCGGCAGACGGACCCUGCACCGCGAGCCUCUAGUGCCGGGGCAGUUCGUGUGCGAGCAGUGCGGACGGAUACUGCCGCCCUUCAGCGCCGCCGGCAGACGGACCCUGCACCGCGAGCCUCUAGUGCCGGGGCAGUUCGUGUGCGAGCAGUGCGGACGGAUACUGCCGAGUCGAACCUCGCUACGGUACCACAAGCGAGACCACAAGACGGCGAAGCCACACGCCUGCCGCCAGUGCCCCAAGAGUUUCUCCACCAAACGAGCGCUCGAUUGGCAUAUCCGGUCGCACACGGGGGAGAAGCCCCACCAGUGCCCCGAGUGCCCGCUCGCCUUCAGCAUCAAGUCCAACCUCAAGCGGCAUCACAAGGCGGUGCACCUCGGGCUCCGCAACAGCGUGCCGUGCACGAUCUGCGGGCGCGUGUUCACCACCAACUCGUGCGUGCGCAUACACAUCAACACCGUGCACCACGGCCAGCCCGGACCCAAGCGGAACCGGAAGCGGACCAAGUACGGCAAGAUACCGGAGUCGCCGGCCAGUCUUAUGUAA